CGAGCCGGCACACCUAUAGAACAAGGUAGCUACAGAGGGACUGAAAAUACUCUGCCUUUUUCUCUUGCACUACAGAAGGAGUGUCUGCUGUUUUGCUGGCAUGUCUGCGACCUAGCAAGCCCUCCAGUGCCUGUUUAGGAUUCCUGGUGGCUUGUCUAAGCAUGGCGGAAAUCAGUGUUCAAAGAAUCCUUCUUUUGGUUGUUUCUCUGACAAAGUGUCUGAAGGGCACGGAGUUGCUGGCACACCUUAAAAAGUGUGGUGACUUGGAAUGUGAAACUUUAAUCAGCAGAGUCUUAGCCCUGAGAGACCACACGGGACCUGACUGUCGAUACCUGAACUUCACUGAGGGGGAAGAGAUCUCUGUUUAUGUUAAGCUUGCAGGAGAAAGAGAAGAUUUGUGGGCAGGAAGCAAAGGAAAAGAUUUUGGAUUUUUUCCCAGAGAUGCAGUCAAGAUUGAAGAGGUGUUCAUAUCCGAAGAAGUUGAAAUGCCAACUAAAGAAUCUGACUUUCUUUGUCUUCUUGGAGAAGGGUACAUAUUUGGAAGUGAACACAGUGAGUUAAUCAGUGGUGACGACGAAAAUAUGUAUCCAUAUGAAAACGAUGAAGACCAAAAAUAUGAUAUACAAGGUGAUUUCCAGCCAGAGCCUGACUUUUAUACAGAGUUUGAAGGGACUUUGUUUGAAGAGCAAAUUUCAGCACCAGAAACUCCUGAAGAUUUCAGAAUUUCCAGUGUGUCAAACGGCUGGAAAGAGGCCGGAAACGCAGGCAGUGGCGAGCAGGGUUACACCCCAGACUGGGACCAGGCCUUGCCAUCUCUGAGUGUGCCAGAAAAGCAAGGAUGGUUUGGACUGAGGAGAGAAGAAGCUGAAGAGAAGCCUUUUGAACCAGAUACUGAGCCCGCACAAGAAAGCUCGUUUCAGAGUAGGAAAUUAACAGUGGAGGAGGAGAAUGACCUGGAGAAAUUAAACAACGGCGAACCCCAGGUAGAACUUGAGCAAGAUCCAAAAUCACAGCUUGAUUCUGAGGCACCAGAAACCAGCUCGGUGCUGGAGGAACAAUACGAACUAUCUUCUGAGUCGGAGCAUGUUCUCAAACCUGAAGCCAAUGCCUGGUUUGGCGGCGGAUUCACAAGUUAUUUAGGUUUCGGAAAGGAAGACACAGGACUUGAGUUAUUGUCGGAAGAAAGCAAUCCGCCAUUAGAAGACGGUCCCAAUUCUGUUCCACUGGAUGAAGAAGCCCCGCCUCCAAGCAGGGAAAUAUCAACAGACAAGGAAGAGACAGUCAUUAAUGACAGCUCAGUCCUCAGUCCAAGCUGGUUUUAUUUUGGUUUCGGUAUGCUAGGCUUUGCACAAACUAAUAAAGACGGAACUACCUCUGACAAUGGGGAAAGUGAAGAUGGUGGGGGAGAUAGCCACACAUAUCCUAUAGCGAGUGACUUUGACCCGGAAAAGAAAGAAGAAAGGGAAACGAUAGCAGCUGUGGAAACAGAAGAUCAAACAGGCAAGGAGAGCCCCCUGGAGAAGAAAGGUGAUUCUGGUUCUAUGCUAUAUCUAAAGAAGUUCUUUGAUAAUCCUUGGAGCUUCCAGAAUCUCCCAGAGGACACAGAAUCACCAUUUUCCAAACAGAUACUGGGUCAAGAGGCUAUAGUCGAAAAUGACAAAACUGAAAAACUUUCCACUGAAAAUUCUCCCACAGAUAGGACGAAAGAUCCCAUGAUGAUGGAGAGCAGACACAGUCCGUCAGAUAUGGCUUCUGAAAUAGAGUCAUCUCUGAGAGUCCAUGAAGGAAUACAUUUAAAAAUCUCAUCCUCUAAAAGGAAUGAGGAAGACUCCAGAUCAUGUGUGGAUUCCGAAGUGCCUGCUGUGGCAGAAUCAGACAGCACUGUGGAAGAUGCCUUGCUCGGUGUUCAGCUGGUUUCUCAAGCAAAGCAUGUCUACGGCUUCAUGAACUCUGCACUUUCACCAGCUGAAAUUCUUAUAGAAAGCGUUGUGGCAGCAUUGCCUGACGAUAUGAGAGCAGACUUUAAUCCCAACGGUUUUUCAUUGGAACUGGCAAUAUGUGUGCUUACUAUUGGACUGCUUGCCGUUCUCUUGUUUCUCUGGAGAGGCUUCCGAUCAAUUCAAAGCCGAUUUUAUGUGGGAAGAGAAAAAAAACUCGCUCUUGAGCUUUCUGCACUAAUUGAAGAGAAAUGUAAACUACUUGAAAAAGUUAGCCUUGUUGAAAAGGAGUAUGAAGGCUUAGAGUCAUCGUUAAAGGAGGCCAGCUUUGAGAAGGAGUCCACAGAAGCACAAAGUUUGGAGUUUGUUGAAGGAUCACAAAUACCAGAGGCAACCUACGAAAAUCUAGAAAGAUCCAGAUCUAAACUUGAAGAAGAAAUUAUCCUCCUAGAGAAGAACUUAGAAGAAGAGAGAGCUAAACAUUCUGAACAAGAUGAGUUGAUGGCUGAUAUUUCAAAAAGGAUUCAGUCCCUAGAAGAUGAAUCAAAAUCUCUCAAAGCACAGGUAGCUGAAACCAAAACAACCUUCAAAAUAUUUGAAAUAAAUGAAGAGCGACUUAAGGGAACAAUAAAAGAUGCCUUGAAUGAAAACUCUGAACUUCAGGAAAGCCAAAAACAGCUUUUACAGAAAGCCGAAGUAAUGAAAGAACAAGUGAAUGAACUCGAGAAACAGAAAGUAACAUUUGAAGAAUCCAAAGUACAGGUGGAGCAACUUCUAAAUGAUAAAGAAAAUCAAAUCAAGACUCUGAUAGAGAGCCUGCUAAAGAUGAAAGAUUGGGCUGCUGUGCUUGGAGAAGACAUAGCAGAUGAUGACAAUCUGGACUUGGAAGUGAAGGGUGACCUAGGAAAUAAUGUUCACUUAGAUAAUCAGCCAAAGGGAGCUUUGAAGAAGCUGAUUUAUGCUGCUAAGUUAAAUGCUUCUUUAAAAGCCUUAGAAGGAGAGCGAAACCAAAUUUACACUCAGUUAUCUGAAGUGGAUAAAACAAAAGAAGACCUUACAGAGCGUAUUAAGAAUCUCGAGUCUGAACAAGCAUCUUUGCAGUCAGAAAACACACAGUUUGAAAGUGAGAAUCAGAAACUUCAGGAGAAACUGAAAGUAAUGACUGAGCUGUAUCAAGACAAUGAAAUGAAACUUCACAGGAAAUUAACAGUAGAGGAAAAUUGCCUAUUAGAGAAAGAAGAAAAACUUUCCAAAGUAGAUGAGAGAAUCAGCCGUGCAACCGAGGAGCUGGAGACCUGCAAACAGCGCGUCAAGGAUCUUGAAGAAGAGCUGGAGAGAACAAUUCAUUCUUACCAAGGGCAGGUUAUUUCUCAUGAAAAGAAAGCACAUGAUAAUUGGCUGGCAGCUCGGACUUUUGAAAGAAAUCUCAACGAUUUAAGGAAAGAAAAUGCUCUCAAUAGACAAAAAUUAACUGAAACAGAGUUUAAAUUGGAACUUUUAGAAAAAGAUCCUUAUGCACUUGAUGUUCCAAAUGCAGCAUUUGGCAGAGAGCAUUCCCCAUAUGGUCCCUCACCAUUGGGCCGACCUUCAUCUGAAACGAGAGCUUUUCUCUCUCCUCCAACUUUGUUGGAGGGUCCACUCAGAUUCUCACCUUUGCUUCCAGGGGGAGGAGGAAGAGGCUCACGAGGUCCUGAAAAUCUUCUAGACCAUCAGAUGAACACUGAAAGAAGAGACUCGGGCUAUGACAGGUUAUCUGAUGCUCCUAGAGCACCUUCCGACAGGUCCCUGUCACCUCCAUGGGAACAAGACCGGAGGAUGAUAGCCCUGCCCCCAGGCCAACCGUAUUCUGAUCCAGCUCUACAAAGGCAAGAUAGGUUUUAUUCUAAUUCUGGUAGACUUUCUGGACCAGCAGAACUCAGAAGCUAUAAUAUGCAUUCUUUGGAUAAAGUGGAUGGGCAAGUAUCAUCAGAAAUGGAAUCUAGUAGAAAUGAUACCAAAGAUGAUCUUGGUAACUCAAAUGUGCCUGACUCUCCUCCCCACGUUGAGUGCAAAGCAGCUGGCGGUGGCUUUGUUCCUCCACCUGUUCCUCCACCGUUUCCCCCAGUCAGAGACCCAUUGUUUCCAGUGGAUCCAAGGAGCCAGUUCAUGAGAAGGGCUCCCCCUUUCCUCCCACCACCUCCAGGAAACAUGUAUGCAGAUCCUCGAGAUUAUUUUCCACCAAGGGACUUCCAUGGCCCACCACUUCCUCCAUUCCCAGGGAGAAAUAUGUAUGCACCCAGGAGCUUUCCACCAUACCUUCCUCCAAGACCUCGGAUCUUUCCCCCGUUCCCACAUCCUGAAAGUAGAAGUGAGCGUGCCCCAGACUUGAUUCCGCCUUCAAAAGAACCUGCAGCUGAACCUGCAGAAACACAGGAGACCUGACAGUGGUGCUGGUCUCAUUGGCAGUCAUUUUUUUCUCGUUUUCAGUUUAAGUAACUGCUGUUACUUAUGUGAUUAAAUUUUUGCUCAAAUUGAAGCUUAAUGAAAUUAUAAUUCUCAGGAUAGUAUUUUGUAAAUAAAGAUGAUUUAAAUAUGAAUUAUGAGUAAAUUAUUUCCAUUUUAUUUUAUUCUAGAUAGUAUAACUAUUUUACUUUGAUUACCUCAUCUGUAAUUAUGGUAGUUUUAUAUAUCUAAUCGUAUAGUUGGGGCUAUCAGAAGGCUGUGUCUUUAUACCAGGCAUAUGUUCAUCAUGGUUGUAGACAAAUGUAAAAGUAACUUUAUGUUUAAUCCAAUAAAAUUUUAAUUGAUUUAAA